AUGGCGGACCCGUUAAGUUUGCUUCGCCAGUAUAAUGUUAAUAAAAAAGAAAUUAUUGAACGUGAUAAACAAAUUAUAUUUGGUGAAUUUUCAUGGCCGAAGAACGUUAAAACAAAUUAUUUGACAUACGGGUCUGGCAAAGAAGGUGCUCCAAAGGAAUAUUAUACACUUGAGUGUCUGCUUUUUUUACUGAAACAUGUUCAACUUACACAUCCUGUGUAUGUGCGGCAGGCAGCUACUGAAAAUAUUCCAGUUGUGCGUCGACCAGAUAGAAAAGAUUUAUUGGCAUAUUUAAAUGGUGAAACAGCGACUUCGGUUGCCAUUGAUAAGUCAGCUCCUCUUGAAAUCCCUACACAAGUGAAACGAGCUGCCGAAGAUGGAUUGGAAAGUGGAUCUUCAAAGAAGCCUCGCUUUGAAGAGACACACGUUCAAAAAGUCAAAGAACAAUUGGCUGCAAGAUUGGAUGCUCCUAAAGAAGCAUCCGUUACCGUUGAAAAUAUUAAAUCGCUUUCAGAAGCAAUGUCUGUUGAAAAAAUUGCUGCAAUUAAAGCUAAACGACUUGCUAAAAAACGUACUACUAUUAAGGAAAAUGAUGACAUUGGAAUGGGUUCAGAUCUCCGUGUUAUUUUGGAUAUGGAUGUUGAUGACACGAAGGAUAUUGUUUCGAGAGAACGACAGUGGCGAACAAGGACAACUAUUUUACAAAGUAGUGGAAAGGUAUUUGCAAAAAAUAUCUUUGCGAUAUUACAAAGUAUUAAAGCAAGAGAAGAAGGCAGACAGAAGGGUCCAAUGGUUCCAACCCCAAUGGUCACGCCACGUUCAACUCCAAUGAGACCAUUGCCACAACCAGCCGUAUAUAAUCGUUACGAUCAGGAACGAUUUAUUCGUCAGAAAGAAGAAACCGAAGGAUUUAAAAUUGAUACUAUGGGAACAUACCAUGGAAUGACGUUAAAGUCCGUAACAGAAGGAACAAAUCCAGCUAUUAGGAAACCCUCGCCAACUUCUUCUGGAAAUCCAAGUGCAACGCCAACAUCCGGCCUCCUACCGACCUCAGCUGCUAAACUGACGCCACAGCAAGCGGCCCAGAACAAGCGACCAAGCCGCACACCCAUCAUCAUCAUUCCCAGUGCCAAUACGUCACUCAUUACAAUGUACAAUGCCAAGGACAUACUACAAGACUUGAAAUAUAUUUCGAAUGAAGAUAAGCGUGCAAUGGGCUGGAAGCGUGAGAAUGAAGUUUUAUUGCAGAGGCGCAAGGAUGCCGGCUUCACCGUGCCAUAUCGUGUUGUUGAUAAUCCUCAAAAGCUCACGAACGCUGAUUGGGAGAUGGGGCCGGCCUGGCAAUUUAAGGGAUGGCCCUUCGACGGCAAUCCCGUAGAAAUAUUUUCCAAGGUAUGUGCAUUUCAUAUAAAAUACGAUGAAAUGCGUAUCGAUGCAAAUGUUGCUCGUUGGGCUGUUACGGUUAUUGAGCUCAGCAAGACUAAAAGGCAUUUGGACAGAGCAGCCAUAAUGAAAUUUUGGGAAGUCCUAGAUAAGCACAUGAUUAAGCAUAAGGCACAUCUGCGAUUCUAAAUACAGUAAUAAAACACCAUGUACAUAUAUUUUAUGGAAUAAAAGAUGCUGGGAAGAAAGUGUAUGCAUCAUCGCGUUGAGCUGCUGCGCCUUAAUCGAAUUCGUCAAUCUUAUUGAGCUCAGCGCGCGCGCACGCGCCCGCAUAUAAUGUGUAUACAUCUGUAUGCUUGUAAUGUAAAAGUGUAUGGGAAAGUGUGCGUGAAUUUAAUUUAGUUUAGUUUCCGGCGGCAAAAAGUUAAAGGGCGAUACGCUGGGUGUAAUUCAAGU